GGGUAUAUAUUGAGCGCACAUCUUAGAGAUCUCAUAAGUCUUUGAUGAAGUUUCAAGAUGUACAACAUGAAAAACAUGAGGGCYUUUUUAGCCGCAGUUUUGAUUUUCGCAGCCUUUGCCGUGAUUUCUGGCAAACCACAAAAGAGAAACUGUCCUCACGGUCCACCAACCAUUGAUGAUGUUCCAGGUCCUCGCGGUCCACCAACCAUUGAUGAUGUUCCAGGUCCUCACGGUCCACCAACCAUUGAUGAUGUUCCAGGUCCUCACGGUCCACCAUUAAUUCCUAAUGAUGUUCAAGGCCCACAUGACAAAGAGACAAUUGAAGAUCAUUCAGAUAACGAUGAUAUGGUGACGAUAGAUGACAUGAUUCUGCCGCGCAAAGGAUUGAAUAUACUCAAGAAAGAUGGUAUCAUUACGAAGCGCCAGGCGUAUAUUUCUGAUGACGGGCAAGACUUCAAGUGGCCUAAAGCUAAUGGUGUGGCAACGGUUCCGUACACUGUUGGACGAGGAAUUGACACUGAUGUAUUGCAAAGAGCCAUUGCGGUGUUCAGUGCUAAGACCUGCAUUCGCUUUGUGGAACGUGAUGCCCAGAAAAACUACGUUAAGUUCCAGAUUCAUUYAAAGAAAUGCGGUGCACAGGUUGGCAAUGGAGAGAGCGGCGAGCAGAUCUGUUAUCUGACAAGUGGAUGUUCUGGAAAGAAAGGAAAAGUUCUGCAUGAGAUGAUGCAUAUUCUAAGCUUUCUUCACGAACAGUGCCGCCCGGACAGAGACAGCUAUAUCACCGUGCACACGGAUAGAAUCAAGAGUGGUUACUCAUCCAAUUUUCAAAUAUACAAAAGUAAAGACCUAGGUAUUCCCUACGACUGYGACUCCAUUCUUCACUACAGAUCCACUGCAUUUGCUGCAAGUCGUGSACAACAGACCAUAACAUCAUCACACUGUUCUCACCUGGGGAACGAUGACACCAGACUCUCUUUACUGGACUACAAAAGAGUUAACACACUGUACGGCUGUGGAAAACCUGACUACAAGUACUAUACCGUACGAGUGGUCACUUACUCAUCGUGGUGGUCUGGAACUGGAACCGACUGCUUUAUCUACCUGACUCUACAUGGAAGCCAGCAAACAUCUACAGAAUUUGAACUCGACCUUUCUACAAAUCCAUCAGCCAAUCUUUUCGAAUCAGGAUCCACUGAUACCUUCAAGUACAUGGCUUACCGGAAUGAUCUGGGCUCCAUAACUGGGAUCUCAGUCAGAAUGGUUGCUCACGGAUCAGGUCAAGCUUGGCGGCCAAACACGUUUACUAUCACCGAUCCAGACACCGGAACCUCUGCGACGUUCAAAAACAAAAACAAGCAAUGGCUCUACCCGUCAUCGACCUAUGGGACGAGCAACUUCCCGGCUCAGUAACAGGUCACAGUCAGCGGAUACAUAUUAAACGAUAGAUCUUCCAUUUCGUAUAGCGACAUGUUUUAGAUUUCGAUACAUAACAUAACAAGAAGGAAAAAGAUAAAUAAAAGGAGAAUAAAUAAAUAGAAAAUGCUUUUAAGGGAAAAAAUGAAACAUUUGUCUAGAUUUUAACGCUUAAAUAUUCAAUCAAUAUUGGCGAAUUUCAAUAAAAAAUUGUCUUGUGUG